CGGCGGCCAGGGCGGGGCCGCGUACCAGGCCCGCCCCGCGCACAGCUGUUUGCGCGCGCCAAAGUCAAAUUCCGGGGCCCGCCGGCGCGAUCCUGCCCCCGCAAAGCCUCCGGAGCCAGAGCUGUCGGCGUCGCGCACCUGCUGGCUUCCCUGCCGCCACACAGACAUGGCCACCCCGCCCAAGAGAGUCUGCUUCUCUCCAGCCGCCGGCUCCGAGGGCACCCGCGUCAAGAAAAUCUCCAUCGAGGGCAACAUCGCUGCAGGAAAGUCAACAUUUGUCAAUAUCCUUAAACAAGUUUGUGAGGAUUGGGAAAUGGUUCCUGAACCUGUUGCCAGAUGGUGCAAUGUUCAAAAUGCUCAAGAUGAAUUUGAGGAACUGACAACAUCUCAGAAAAGUGGUGGGAAUGUUCUUCAGAUGAUGUAUGAGAAGCCUGAGCGAUGGUCAUUCACCUUCCAAUCAUAUGCCUGUCUCAGUCGGAUCCGAGCUCAGCUUGCCUCCCUCAAUGGCAAGCUCAAAGAUGCAGAGAAACCUGUGGUGUUUUUUGAACGGUCUGUUUAUAGUGACAGGUAUAUUUUUGCAUCUAAUUUGUAUGAAUCUGACUGCAUGAAUGAAACAGAGUGGACAAUAUAUCAAGACUGGCAUGACUGGAUGAAUAGCCAAUUUGGCCAAAGCCUUGAAUUGGAUGGAAUCAUUUAUCUUCGAGCUACUCCAGAGAAAUGUUUAAAUAGAAUAUAUUUACGAGGAAGAAAUGAAGAGCAGGGCAUUCCUCUUGAAUAUUUAGAGAAACUUCAUUAUAAACAUGAAAGCUGGCUCCUGCAUAGAACCCUGAAAACCAACUUUGAUUAUCUACAAGAGGUGCCUGUCCUCACACUGGAUGUUAAUGAAGACUUCAAAGACAAACAUGAGAGUCUGGUUGAAAAGGUCAAAGAAUUUUUGAGUACUUUGUGAUUGCACCGAAGACUACAGCCAACAAAGUGUUUCCAGAUACUUCAGUUCUUUGUGUCAUCAUAACUCAGCAUUCAUACAAAUGUCUUUACAAGAUUCAGUUUCUAAACUAUUUUUGUUCCAAGAGAAAAAAUGGUGGUUUUUUUUUUGUUUGUUUUGUUUUUGUUUCAAAGAAUCCUGUGUAAAACUUUGAGCCCCCUUUAAUCUCUUAAACUUCUCUCAUUUCCCUUCUUUCUUUCCUUAGUUUUUAAAAUAGAGGUCUUUAAAUAUUUGGUGUUUCCAGAUCAGUAUAAUAAGUGAGUAAACUAUUAUAAAGACCCAGUCUUCUCCUUUCCUCUGUUGUUAUCCUGAGCUUUGACAUUUUCCCAUGGUGCUUCUCAUUAGUGAUCAGUUUCUUAACUGGAACCCUUAAUGUUACAUAUAAAUGAUGUGUGUUCUAUGUAAGUUAGUGUACCUAUUAAAAGUUGAAAAGUAGAACUUGAGGGAUCCACAAAAAAAGGAUUCUGAAGGGGUGGGGUUUUAUUUGUUUUGUUUUUGUUUUUUUUUUUGGUUAUUGUUUUACUUUGUUUUUUUGUUUUCUUUUUUUUCUGUUUGGUGGUGAAGGAGAUUGAACCUUGCAUUUCAUGAGUGCUAGGCAAGCACCUUACACUGAGCUAUAUCCCUAGCCCAUGAAGUUUUGAGUGUUUUUUACCAAGUGCCUCCCCUUCCACUCUAUUUAAUGUUCGAAAUAAGACCAGGUUCAGUAUCACCUCAUUGAUAUGCUAUUAAUGUGUCUAUAGUGCAUUUGUACAAUUUGGUAAUGGUAUAAUGUAUUUUUACAAAUCAUUUAAUCUUUCUUCUACCUUUGUUUCUUCAUUUGUGAUGAGAGUAUUCCUUUUAUCCUUUACAUGGAAUUUUGGAGAGUAAAAGAAAUCUUUCUAUAUUUAAAAGGUAGCUAAGAAGUUAUACAUGAGUAUAAAGAUUUAUUACAAUACUUAUAGGGCUGGAGAGAUGGCCCAGAGAUGGCUUAAACAGCACUGGCUGGGGACCCAGGUUCUACUCCCAGCAACCACAUGGCAGUUAACCUUUUAUAACUCCAGUUCCAGAGGAUCUGAGCCCUCUCCUGAUUUCCAUGAGCAUUGCACACACAUGGUGCACUUAAA